AUGUACCGACCUGCCAGGCCGCACCCCAAUUUGAACUACCCACCCUCCCAUUUUGCAGAUGGCACUCAAGACAAGCAAGACACAAUGCUGAAGCAACAGACACUUGGCCAUAAGACCCACAAUGUUGAAGAAUGGCUUGGCGUGAGAAUAGAGAACCUUCCAGAAGGACUCUCUCUAGUAAUGGCUCAUCCUACAAGCAACCCUUCCUGUGAUGGUAGUGAUGGAGCGCAUUCUUCACCUACUAUUUCUAAAGCUUUGCCUUCUGUCAUUUCUCAUGCAAGUGCCCAGUCACAGAACAAUCAUUCUGCUGGACAUCAUGUGCAGUGGUCAGACCCAUUGGUGUAUACCAGGGGCAUUCCUACAAGGAAACCUCAGGUGGUUAACCCUGUGUUAGCUGCUGUCACACCAUCUGUUACCUCCAAUUAUUCCUCCCAGCAGGACACUGGAACCAUUGCAGGUGCUAUGGAGGGUCUGAAUUUGGCACCCUCUACCUCUAGUGCAAGUACUGCCCCAUCUGCUCACAAGCUGCCACCCCAAACCUUUCUUUCAUUAUGCCCUCAGCUCACUAGUACAUCCCAAGCUGUUCAUCAAGGCCCUGCCUUUGCUACUGCACCCAGGGAUCCAAAUUUGCGCUUCAUUUUUUUGCACCGAUUACUGGCAACUCAAGCCAGGGAACCUCUCAAUCCUAUUGAUUCUAAUGAGAGCCCUGCUACCAUAGAACCCCAGAGCCUAAUCCCAGUAGUAUCUGAGGCAGUGCUCAACCAACUAAAUGGCACUGUGAAGUCUAGUACUGAUGUCAAUGGCACUCCCCCAUCAACUUCCACUGUCAUAGAAGAUUCAGAUGUCAUUGACCUCACCCUUGGCAGUAAUGAGGAGAACAAUCUGUUGCAAAAGCAACCUAAAAAUCAAAAGAGCACACAGAGGCAAAGAAAUGCAAUCAACACAGCCAAGCGCCGCCUCGACUCGGAAUCCAGCGACACCUCGGAAGGCGGUCCUCCAAAGCGCUUAAAGCGAGCGCUACGAGCUCGUUUCGACUCAGAUUCAGCGACGAGUGAUAUCGAUCACGUUUCGCCCGGGCCACGCUCGUCAAUCGAACCUACCUCGUCUUCGGGCAGAUUUUCAUCCAGCAGUGUCGAAGUGACCGACGAUGUCGUUCCAGACGGUCCGAGAUCCGUAGCAGAUGCGUACAAUAACCGUGCAAAAUCUUCCGUCUCUCUUGAUGAUACUCAAGCGCCAAGGCAUUCGGCUCGGGGGAGUGGGGUUUCAGUUGUAGUGCGUACGCACAGAAGGCCGGCCCCGGGUGGAAGUGCCGUAGCGUCAAGCAGCAGGGUUAGGGUGGAGGACAUGGAAGUGUCGGACAGCGAGGACGAAACCGGUGAUCCUCAGCGAGCACGGUCCUAUGCAAGUGCGAUCUCCCGAAAAGUGCGUGUGUGGGCGGAGAAGUUGAAAGGAAUCCGCCGCGCGCAUUUAGAUUCUCUGUUUGACGAUACCGUAGAGAUUAUGUCCAAAGGCGAGAUUCUGAAGUUGUUGAAAGAUAUCGACGAGGACAAGAACUGGGUUACUCGUGCGGAAGUCGAGGAUACUCGUCUUCAAAGGUUCCUAUCCGUUGUGCUGACCAAACAUCUGGUGGAGGGAACGGAAGCCUAUAAGCUCGCAAUGAGCAUCCUCGACAACUUUGCGCAGAGGUUCCGCGGUGAGAGAUACCCACAGGGACGUAGGUGA